UUUUCUAGAAGACUUUCUUGGAUGAUCCGAACAAUAUUGAAUAUUUUUUUUGUGUCUUGGAAAGUUUUGGAGCAUGUCUCUCCGGACGCAAGAUGGCGGUAGUGUUUUAUGAAGCCGGAUACUACUACCCUUAAAAAGAGAGAAAAAGCUGACCACACCAUGGCGACAGAGACGCUACCGUUUGUUGUAAAGAGAUACAUAUUUGUUUUCAUUAUACUGUUUCUAUAUUUUAGUCCAGCUAUUUGCCAGCAGUAUAUAAUUCCUUUCCAAGAUCCUUCAGAUUGCAGUUUGGACGAAUUUUUCGACAUAUCCACUUUGUCGUGUGUUAGCUGUGGUGAAAAUCAACAACGUAGCGUCGCAGGGCUGAGCUGCAUCUGCCUAAGUGGAUUCCGCACAGUCACAACUGACCUGACGUCAAUUGCUUGUGAAGCCUGUCCGGAAGACAAACCUGCUAUAACUCAAGAUGGUUUUGGUUGCAUUCGCUGCCCAGGCAGUAUUAGUGAUGAGGGCCAGUGCCAGUGCCCUGCAAGACAUAUCCUUGUGGAGAGGGAUGUCAGUGGAAACCUUUUGGAUGAAGCCAAAUGCGAGAUGUGUAAUGGAAAUGGAUCUUCUUUGUCAGUGCCAAACAGCAGCGGGAACAGGUGCGAAAGAUGUCACGCUUCCUUCAUUAAAAGCUCCUGUGCGUGUAACCAUCCUUCUGUGCUGGCAGGAGGUUUGUGUAUUCCACCUGGCAGCCUUUCCACUAAUGUCAAUCCCAGUGUAAAUUUUGCUCAGUUGAAAUUGAGCAUCAUUUCCGCCUGGUUCCUCAAAAAUCUCUACUCAUCCGCAGCAGCCUGUCUUAGUUUCUCCAACCUAACAGCGUGCCAGGCCCUCGGCAACAUGUGUGUGAUGAACAUGCACUCCUUCAGCGGCUUGAGUGUCGAUGCCUGCGGCCUCUUUAACACUGUGUUCAGAUCACAAGCUGCGUUUAGCGCCACUCAAGACAUUUCCUACUGGAGAAAUAAUCUACCUUGGCUUUACUAUGGUGAUGAACCAGGAUUGGCAAAUCGAGUCCUUCAGUCAGAUCCAGUUCCAGUUAGCUUCAUUUUCAGAGGUCCAAAAAAGAACACGGACAUUAAGCUGCUGGCUGCCGUUUAUAAUGUUAGAGGCGAGUUCCUUCGAUGGGAAAACAUAGGAGGGUCGAAUCUCCAGAUUUGUCCAGAAACACCAAUCAGACGAUCAUCAGCUUUCAGUUUUGGCACCGCUUACCAAGAAAGUUGUGAUCUUUCAGUAGCUGAACUGCUGCGUACACAUCCCCAACCGCUUUUUUAUGAUGUGUUUCUGGACCUCGGUGGAGAAGAGAGCAGAAAACUUCUGCCCUUGCCUACGUUGGUUUUAAACCAACAAUUCAAUGGAAAAUUAGUCAACCAAGAGAGCAUGAAUAACUGGUACCUGUCACGACGUAUGUUUCUUGUCGACGUGCUGAGCGGCAGAGAGAAAAGCGCAAGCGUCCUUCCUAAAGUCAUUCGUGUUGCCAACUCUGUCAAAAUAAGGUUCCAGUUAGUUCCAAACACAGAACAGGGUCAUGUGUUCCCCCCACUGAUGACUGUGGAGUACAAGGAUGUACUGAUCACUGAUAUCAACACACAAACUGUUUCUAUGAGUUUUGCUGUGGAAUAUGAAAUGGAUCAAAAUGAUGCUCAUCUCAAGACAGAUACUGCUCUUGGUGUGUUGGCUGGUUUGGCUGUCCUCUUGUCUGUGCUCAAAACAGUCAGCUGGAAGAGGAGGAUCGCCUCACCUGUCGUCGACUUGAGGACCUUGUUGAUGUUUUUCUUGUUUUACGCUGGAGAUCUGGCCAAUGUUUUCCUUGCCGUCACUGUAGGAACUGGACUCUAUUGGCUCAUUCUUUACAAGGCCCAACAACAUGCCUCAGUGUUAUUGCCGCUCCCUCAUCAAGAGGAGCGCUUUGUGACUUACAUCAGUUGUGCCUUUGCUCUCAAGGCAGUGCAAUUCCUCCACAAACUACUCGUGCAGUUAUCUGUGGAUGUCUUCUUCAUUGACUGGGAAAGGCCACGCAGUAAAGUAAGCAAGACUGUGGCAGGUAAUGGCCAGCAGAAACGUGAUCCCUCACCUAUUAGCAUCUGGAGGACCUACUUCGUAGCUAAUGAGUGGAAUGAGAUCCAGACCAUACGCAAAAUUAAUCCAACAUUUCAAAUAAUGGCAGUGCUCUUCUUCCUGGAGGUCUUGGGUUUCUCAGACUUAGCCCUGAGAGACCCUUGGCCAACUCUACAGCGCCGUCCACAGGUGUACACGCCUCCAUACAGCCUGACCAUGCGCUACGGUCUCUCGGCAACACUGUGGCUAUGCAUUGGUCUUCUGCAGGUGAUUUUCUUCACUGUUUUCUAUGAGCAUUUCAUGGAGGACAAAAUCCGUCAGUUUGUGGAUCUGUGCUCCAUCAGUAAUAUUUCUGUGUUGCUCCUACCCCAGCGCUGUUUUGGCUACUACAUCCAUGGUCGCUCUGUGCAUGGUCAUGCUGAUACAAACAUGGAGGAAAUGAACAACAAUCUAAGGAGAGAAGCUGAGUCACUCUGUGGCCAAAGAGGUCUUCUGCCUAACACGGAUAUGCAGACCUUCCAGGUGGCCCUUUCUUGUCGACUGCGCUCGCAUUACGACAGGAUACGGGACUCUUUCACCAGGCGGCAUGGACCAUCAAGACUUAUGGACGCGGCCUCAUUCAACCAGUCAGACCAAAACAUCCGGGCCUACCACACCAUGAACCACUUCUUGGGAUCAGUCAUAGAUCAUGCACACCCUGACAUGGACUACAUUGUGAGAGACAAACUGGCAUUGGAGCGGGUCAUGGGUAUGGAGUUCCUUGAACCAAAUGACAAGAGCAUCUUUUAUAAUGAUGAAGGUCACUCCUUCAGUGAUGUCCUCUUUUAUGGAAAUGAGGGCACCCUGUUGAUUUUUGAUACCUUGUACUUCUGCAUCGUUGACCUUGCUUCUCAGAACUUCGUACUCGCUGCUGUGCUUACAUACUUACAGCAAAUGAUCUUUAAAAGGAUUCGAAAUUCUAUCGGAAGGAGAAACCUUGUCAACAAAACUCUGGUGGAUGACAGAUUUCUCAUAUGAUCAUUGAUAGUGCUGAUGUUAGUCGAUUUAUGGUAGAUAUUUAUUUUGUAAUGCACUUUUUAAGAUUUCUUUUACAUACUUGUAAACUGAUGUAUAUAUUUGUCUUGUAAAUGUAUUUUUAUAGAGUAAAGGAUUUUUAAUAACACCCUGUUUUUCAUUCAUUUUAUUUGGAAUCCCAAAUACAGGGAAGAAAACCACCUUUUACACUAAUACUUACCACACUGAACAAUUGGUUUAAUAAAAUUUUGACAAGAUUUGAUUUUCCCAGGCGUAGCCUCAUCGUAAUCAUGUAAUUAUUGGCUAUGUUUUCACAACCCCAAUUUUGUUGUAUCUGUACAGUUCAAUGAUGUUGAAAAAUGAUACUCUAUUUUGUUACUUAGAGCUUUAUGUACAGUGUAUCACAGAAGUGAGUACACCCCUCGCAUUUCUGCACAUAUUUAAGUAUAUCU